AUGAAGACAGCUGAGAUAAUAGAUAUCGCUGUACCAAAUGAUGGGAACACCAACUCAGUCUGCGCCGAAAAAAUUCGGAAAUAUCAAACUCUUGCAGCCGAGUUAAAAGAUCUGUACAGACUGAACAAAGUGACAGUAAGGGCUUUAGUGAUCUCUAGCAAUGGGCUGAUUCCAAAAUCCACUGUAGAAGCUACCGAGAAGGGACUUGAUGGCUUAGAAGGUAGAUUAGAGAUAUCCAGUCAGGGUAGUGGAACUGAUUCUAACUCCAGUUCUCCUAAUACCAGUGCUGAAGGUUGCCUACAGGGUUCAUCUCUUCAAAAUAUUCAGUCAUUCCAAAGUUGGAACCCUAACCUUCAAGAAGAUUUUCCUGAGCAGUUGGAAGUGAAAACAGAAAUUGAUGCUAAUCAAAUUUCAGAGUUAGGUAAUGAGUCUACUUACAGUGAUUGUAGUUAUCAGCGUGGUUCAGAUUAUUACAACAAUCCACCUAGCCAGUACUAUAACAGUAUGGCAGCUACUUAUAAUCCUCAGAGCGGUAGCUAUAAUAGCAGUUUUUAUACAUCACCAUAUGCAUCGACUACAUACCCUCUGCCAAAUGGAAACAGAAGUACAUGCAAAGUUAAUAAUGGCUAUUUGAAUUAUAGUGGUUAUCAACAGAAUCCUUAUUCUUCAUACACUGCUAGUAGUUACAAUGCUCAGAACUAUGAUCAGCAGGGGUACAGUGGUUAUCCAGCAGGUUACGCUGGUCAACAAGUUGCAGCAGUAGCAAGCUAUUAUCAACAAUACUAUCAACCUAAUGCUCAAUAUCUUCAGCACAGCCUACCAGAAGUGGGGCGAGGUCGAGGUCGACGUAUGACUCAAGCAGGUCCUCCCAGUCCUAGCUCUGGAUUGGAUGGCCAGUUGGAGAGAGUAUUCAUCUGGGAUCUUGAUGAAACAAUUAUAAUAUUUCACUCUUUAUUGACAGGUUCAUAUGCCACAAAAUAUAACAAGGACUCACAAUCUGUUGUUCAGUUAGGAUACAAAAUGGAAACUCUUAUUUUUGACUUAGCUGAUGCACACUUUUUCUUCAAUGAUGUUGAGGAUUGUGAUCAAGUCCACAUAGAUGAUGUUUCAAGUGAUGACAACGGACAGGAUCUAUCAGGAUAUAACUUUUCUACUGAUGGGUUUUCCUCAUGUGUUGCUUCCUCUGGACUACGUGGGGGAGUUGAUUGGAUGAGAAAGUUAGCUUUUAGAUAUCGUAAGAUGAGAGAAACAUAUAACAAUUAUAGAGCUUCUGUGGGAGGUCUUAUCGGUCCAUCUAAAAGGGAACAAUGGUUAACUUUGAGAUCAGAGAUUGAAGCAGUAACAGAUAAUUGGUUGACAUUAGCAACCAAAUGCUUAAAUCAUAUACAUGCUAGGGAUAAUUGUGUUAAUGUGAUGGUUACAACCACCCAACUUGUUCCAGCUCUAGCAAAAACACUUCUUUUUGGACUUGGAAAUGUAUUUCCUGUUGAAAAUAUUUAUUCGGCAUCCAAAAUUGGUAAAGAAAGUUGUUUUGAACGCAUUGUCACCAGGUUUGGAAGGACUAAGUGCACAUAUGUAGUGAUUGGUGAUGGCCAAGAUGAAGAAGCUGCUGCCAAGCAAAUGAACUUUCCAUUCUGGAGAGUGUCUUCACACACUGAUCUUAUAUCCCUGUAUAAUGCUCUUGACAUGGGUUUUCUUUAGAAACUGAAUUUCAUUUGAUUUUACAAUUGUAAUUUAAUUGUAUACACUAACAGAAAAAAAAAUUCACAAGUGAUUUGUGUGUCUGAUCUGCUGAAAAUUGAAAGUCAUGUUAAUGUAUAAAUCACACCCGCACAAACUCUUACACACAUACAGAUAUAUUUAGAAGAUACUUGAACUAUAAAUUAUUCUUUUUUUUUUUUUGUUUAAAAAAAAGGAAAAUAUUAUUUGGAUUUAUAACUUGUAGAUAAUUGUAAAUUGUAUGUACAGUAUAAUUACCCAAUAUUCAUAGUUGUCCAAUGAUUUCAUGUAUGUGUGUUUAUAUAUAUAUACACACGCUACUCACAUAUUCUUUUAGAUUUAACAUCCAAAUAGUUGUGGAAUUGAUAUAAAUUAAUUAUUUGUUUAUUUUUAAAAGUAUAAAUGUAUAUACCUGGAUAUGGUUUAUGUUAAUCUGCAUGUGUUUGUUUUAUACACUCAUGCACCCACUGUGAAUAAUUGUUUUAUAUAUCAUAAUUUCUAUUUUAAAACAACAUUAUGAAUGAUAUAUAUAUAUAUAUAUAUAUAAUAUACUACUCACAUACAUAUGCUCACAUGCUUGUAUUGUUGCAUGUGUUUAAAAAUAAAUGGUUUCAAAUCUUUACAUUAUAAAUAAAUAAAUGCAUAGUUUUAUCAGUUGCUUGUGAAUCUUUAUUUUUAAUAAAAAAUGUGAAUUUUAUUUACAAUACCAUGAAUUUAUUGUAAAUUCUUUUAUAUUUCUAUUAGCAUUCUGUAUUUAAUCAAUGUAUGAUUUUUUUUUUCUAUUUAGCUGAUAUUCUAUAUGAAGAAAAUAUUUUGUAAUUACAUAUAAAUAAAUACUUAAUUUUGUUGUUUAAAUGAAGUUUAUAUUUUUAUAAAUACCCCACAAUACUUGCCUCAGUCAACAAAAACAUUCUUAAAUAUUAGAUUUUAUAUUAAUUUCC